AUAGCGUAAUCUUCAUCGAUUCUACUGGAUGCACAUGUGUAUAAACUUUUAAAAACAUGAGUGAUUCAAAAAGUGAAGACACAGGUUUCGUUUUAAAUCUGUCAGAAGAUAGAGAUAAAAAGAAAAAAAAUGAUAAAGUUAAUAUUGAGAGUCCAGAUGUGAAAACUAAUUCAUCUUUUAUUGAAGAUUCAGAUACAUCUCCAUCAUAUGCAUUUAAACUGAAAAAUAAAUCCAAGUUCUUAAAGAAACAGACUUUAUUUUCAAAAUCUCAUAAUACAUUUCCAAAAUCUAUUGAUGCAAAGCAAAAACUUGGACAUGAUAAUCUCCAUUUUUCAUCAAUUUUCAAAAGUAAUCCAGAAAUCCCACAUUUAAAUGUCUGUAAACAGAAAGCCAAAGCAGAACCCUUGUUUUUCUACAAAAACUUUUGAUGAUUUAGAUCUUCAUCCACAUUUAGUUUCAUGUUUGAAAAGCAGAUUAGAAGCUGUACGGUUGACAAAAGUUCAAGAAAGCAGUAUACCCAUCCUACUGCAGGGUCAAGAUGCUUUAAUCAAGUCUUGCACUGGUUCUGGUAAAACAUUGGCAUAUGCAGUACCUAUUGUUCAGAAGCUGCGGGAAAUGAAUCCUAAAGUCCAACGGAGUGAUGGUGUUUAUGCUUUAAUUAUUGUACCAACUAGAGAACUAGCCUUACAGUGUUUUGAAUGCUUUUCAAAGUUAACUAAAGCUUUUACAUGGAUUGUGCCAGGAUAUUUAAUAGGUGGUGAAAAGAAGAAAUCAGAAAAGGCCAGGUUAAGGAAAGGUAUCAACAUUCUUAUUAGUACCCCUGGCCGACUUUUGGACCAUAUGGAACGUACAUCUUGUUUGUCACUGAGCAAAAUUCUAUGGCUUGUGAUUGAUGAAGCAGACAAAUUGUUAGAACAAGGUUUUGAAGAAGCUGUAACAAAAAUAAUCUCCCAGUGCAAUAAAGAUCGACAUAGCAUUCUUCUGUCUGCUACGUUAUCUAAAGGUGUAGAAAAUCUUGCUGGUAUGAGUCUUUCAGAUCCUGUCCAUAUUGAUGUGGGAACUAGUGCUGGUAAAGAAUCUGGAGAGUUUGAGAAUCUUGUUGUACCUAACAAUUUAAAGCAAUAUGUUGUUAUUGUUCCAUCAAAAUUACGUUUAGCUGUCAUAUCUGGUUUUAUCAUUGAUAAUUGUGUCAAGGGUGGUUUUAAAGCUUUAAUAUUCAUGUGCUCCCAGAGCUCAGUGAAUUUCCAUUAUUCACUGUUUAGUGGUGUUUUGGCUACCCUUUUACAGGCAAGAGAAAAAAAGUGCAAGUUUUACAGACUUCAUGGAAACAUGAAACAAGAGGAAAGAACUGAAAUCUUCAAUUCAUUUAAGUCAGCAAAAGAAGGUGUCUUAUUAUGCACAAAUGUUGCUGCACGGGGUUUAGAUUUACUUCAUGUGGAUUGGAUUGUUCAGUAUUCAGCACCAUCCUCUGCCGAAAUCUAUGUGCACAGGGUGGGGCGAACUGCUCGUAUUGGCAAGAAAGGGAAUUCAUUAUUGUUUUUACUUCCAUCAGAGAGUAAUUUUGCUCACUUACUUGAGCAGCACAAAAUAAGCUAUGAUGAAAUUCUGGCUAGCAAAUUUUUACAGUCUAUUUUAUUAGUGAACGAGGUUCUUUCACCUAAAAGCAAGACAACUGCUGAGGAAUGUGCUACAGCUUUACAUGCAAAAUAUGAAAAUGAAGUGUAUUCUGAAAGUAUCCUCCAUGAUGAAGCAAAAGAAGCCUUUGCUAGCUAUGUUCAAUCAUAUGCAUCUUACCCAAAAAAUAUUCGUCAUAUAUUGCCUUUUAAAGCUCUACAUUUAGGUCAUGUUGCCAAAAGUUUCUGCCUCCGGGAGGCCCCAUCUGCUCUUGGCUGUAAUAUUCCCAAUGCAGAACGACCAAAGCAAAGGAAAUUAAGUACAAAACCACAGAAGAGAAAAAUGCAGGUUGUUAUUUCUGAAUAUGACAGUGGCUUGUCAGCUCUAACACAUGAUUUUGGAAGAAAGCCCAAGAGGAAAAAAUCUUAACAUUUUUCCGUUAUGUAUUACUAUGUACAUAUGUUUUAUUUAUAAGAAUUUAUUUUUAUUAUAAAGUGCAAAUAACAUA